AUGGAUGCAAAGCUUACCAUCCCUACGAUUGACGAUCAGUACGAAUCGGAGGCCUCUAACGACACGGAAGUCCCACCGCCAGCAUACAGGAGGAACUCUGAGUCUUCCACCGAGCGUUCCUUGUACGACGAAAAGGAUGAGGCUCCAUCAACAAGCCAGCAGGACUCCGGCCAGGUCCGCGAGUACGGGUUCUACCACCCGAAACUUCUGGCCCGUGGCCUAGUCAUUACCGAUGGUGGUGCCUCAAUCGAGACAAGCAAAGUGCCAUUGUACUAUGUCGAAGUCUCGGAAUUCGCUCUCAAGAAGCCGGAUGUUAUUUUGCAUCGACUGCCUCCCACGACCGGGAUGUCGAAUGACCUGGAUCACCUCGCUAACGCUGGAGAGUCUGCUCCAGUCAUCGGCGUCGCGCAUUUCCCGAAAUUCUCGCAGCAAAUCAAAGCUGGACUUGGUGAUCCUGCUUCCACGGGCGAAAUGACAUACGUCGAAGUGCAAAACCCGAACAAGAUGUACCACGGCGAGUACCGUAUUUCAUUCAAUGGCAGGUCUUUUGCGUGGAUGCGGACCCAUGACGCAGCUGCUGGCGUCGAAGGCUCCAGUGUCACACGGAAGAUGAACCGUGGUAGCUUUCAGCUGAUUGAUAUGUCCACAAAUGAAGUGGUGGCAGCAUUUCUUGACAACAAGUUCAAGAGCUGGAAGAAAAAGGGCAAGCUGAGGAUCUCGAAGAAGCUCGAAGAAGAUGAGAUCGAAGCACAGCAGCUUAAAUUGCUCGUAAUCUUGAGCAUCGCGGCGAUUCUGGAAAAGGCUCGGAGGAGGCAAAAUAGGAGAGCCAGCUACUACAGUGGAGGUGGCCAAUAG